AAACAAGCGCAACGUUGUGUAUUCCUGCGAUUAAUACGUGUUCUUCGUUAGACGAAUGUAGUUUAAGAAAAUUUUUCCUACAGGUAUUCUAGUCAGCUUUUUUCUUCUCAAGUUUCGAUGUAAUUCGACUACCUAAAUUUUAUAAGUUCCCGGAAAAGUGAUCACGCCAUGUUGCCAAAAUUCUCAAUUCUUUGUAUUAUUUACACCAUCUGGAUCGCCUCGAAGACGGAAACAAUAUCGGCUAAUGCUCCAGAGGUAAAAGUUUCAGAAUCCGAACUGAACGACUUGCGCGCCAAACGAGACGAAUUGGCCGCACUGAAAACCACAUAUACUUUGGAAAAGCAAGCCUGGAAAAACGAAACGCAGAAAUUAAAUGAGAAAGUACAGGAUUUGGAACAAGAAUCCGCAUUCGAUAAGAAGCGAGUGUGGGCAUUGAUGUGGUUCAGAUGGAUAUCGAUGAUAAAAAACGAAAUCGAAUGGAGGGAAACAGUCGUGACCAAUUUCACAUUCAACGAAAAACUAUUCGAAGAAGAGAAAUCCAAAAACACGAUUUGGGUCAAACCCGAUGAACACCGUCGUCAAGUUUGGCUCUACAUACUCAGAAACUGUUCAGAUAACCCGCACAUCGUAUCUUUACUACACGAAAUAGAGAAGGCUGGAAUCGAGACAGAGGUUUUCAGCAAAAGCAUCGCGUUCGCUUAUAAAGACAUCACCGCCAAACUGCUGUCUAUGAUGCGUUGGCGUAGUUUACCGAGUUUCGCGAAAGAGCCUACUUUCAAUACACCGAUUACGUGGUCUUCCGAAGUCAACAAGUGUUUGUUGAUACUGAUGUUCGAUGUCGAUAACAACAUGGUGUGGGAUUUCGAUACCGAAUUGAAAAUGGAACUGGCCACCGAAGUGCCGCUCAAACAACCAAAAGUUUAAUAUUCCACAGUUUUCAACUUUUCACAUCCCAUUCCCACCGAAGGCCAAACUAAGUAUUUUAAAAAAUUGCAUCGAGCCUAUAUUAAUGUAUGCAUCUGUUUCCCCCUGAACCUUUUCUUUCGAUUUAUUUAUUUCAUUCAAAUUAAAAAACAAAUUCAUUACCCAAUAAGUAUAUUUCAUUUUUCUCAAGUAUAAUUUGCUUUUUA